UAGGGUUUCUCUGACAGGGAAGUGAGCAGAGGGAGAGGUUUGUCAGUUUGUGUGGCAAGGGAAGUUAGAUAAGGGUGUGAGAAGGUUUGGAGGGGAGCUGAUAUCUGAGUUCUAAGGCAAACGUCUGGCUGAGGCAUCCUUUGCUUAACAGAGCUUCAAUGCUGCUCUUGCUGCUCCUGCUCUUCAAGGAACUUCUCUGCCCUAGGGCAAGCACAGUGGCUCCUCAGGUUCUAGGACCCCAUCAUCCAGGAGCAAAAGAGCCCUACUCCUUCCACAUGCUCCAGAUCUCCUCCUUUGCCAACCACAGCUGGGCACACAUUCAGGCCUCAGGCUGGCUGGGCGAGCUGCAGACUCAUCGCUGGAACAGUGUCUUGGGCACCAUCCGCUUUCUGAGGCCCUGGUCCCAGGGUAGCUUUAGCAAGGAGGAGUUGAAGAACCUCCAAAUGUUAUUGCAGUUGUACUUCCAUGGUUUUCCCCGAAAAGUGCAGGCCUUUGCCAGUCAGUUUCAGUUUGAAUAUCCCUUUGAGCUCCAGAUAUCAUUCAGCUGUAGAAUGUAUGCUGGGAAGGCCUCAGAAAGCUUCUUAAAUGGGGCAUAUCAAGGAUCAGAUUUCCUGAGUUUCCAAGGAAAUUACUGGAAGCCAUCUCCAGGAGCAGGGAGUCAGGCUCAGAAUGUUUGUAAGGUACUCAAUCACUACCGAGUUAUUAAAGAAAUUGUACAGCACCUUCUCAGUGAUACCUGUCCUCGAUUUCUGGCAGGCCUCCUUGAAGCAGGGAAGUCAGAACUGGAAAGACAAGUGAAGCCAGAGGCUUGGGUGUCCAAAGGCCCCAGUCCUGGUCCUGGCCGUCUGUUGCUGGUGUGUCAUGUCACUGGUUUUCAUCCCAAGCCUGUGUGGGUUAUGUGGACACAGGGUGAGCAGGAGCAGCCAGGCACUCAGCAAGGUGACAUCCUACCCAAUGCUGAUGGGACAUGGUAUCUCCGAGUAACCCUGGAUGUGGCAGCUCGGGAGGCAGCUGGCUUGGCUUGUCGAGUGAAACACAGCAGUCUAGGAGGCCAUGAUAUAAUCAUCCACUGGGGUGGAUACUCCAUCCUUCCCAUAUUGAUCUGUUUCACUGUAACCCUUACCUUGGUCAUCUUAGUUGUGGCUGACUCAUGGUUUAAAAAGCAGAGCUCAAAUUGGAACAUCUGCUCUCCCCAUGUACCAGCACUACCUUUCCCACAGAAGCCAACACCCAAGACCCUAGGAGUUAGAAAUCAUGGAUCAAAAACAGAUUCUUGAAGAAAUGGAAAACAAGUCUAAACCAACUCUGAUGACAUUUGUUUUACCUUAUACAUAAUAUUCUUGUCUGCUUCUUCUUAAACAUGGUUCAAACCAAAAAAAAACACAAAAACAUGAUUUUGUUAAAAUAACUUGUUCUGGCAGAGAUUCUGACUCCUUUGGAAAUCUGCCCCUUCCCUUCCCCUCCUCCCCCCACUUUCCAGCAAUGUCUUUUCUGUUUUGGCUACAUGUUUAUCACUAUUUUGAUCCUUCAAACUCCAAUUCAGACACCUAUUUCUCAUGGGAUGUUCCCUGGAUUGCCCAAUUAAAAUCUCUCAUGUACUCCCCAGAUCUCCCUAAAUACACUUAUCUUUUCUUACUCUAAACAGUAGUUAUUUAGGCUUUUGAUCUUCUUUCUUUGGUCUUAAUUCCUUGAAAGCAGGAUUUAGGUGUUUGUAUUUGUGUCCAUAACCAAGAGCCUAACCUGGAUUCAGGGCCAGCUUCAUGGGUAUUUGAUCUGUGCAGUUGUUACCAUCUUGAAAGUCUUAAUAACUAUUGAACAAUGGAUUCAUUUUGUGCUGGCAUUUUUAUUUUGGCCUCACAAAUUAUGUAACUGGUCCUGCCUGAAUGUGAUGUUUCUCAAUAAAUGCUGACUAAAAUAAAUUUAUUGUCAAAUUAA